AUGUGGUCGUCAAAGGUUUCUGCGUUUGUGCGACGCCUGGCCAACAAGCUCAGUUGCUUCGCACAACACGACGAAGAAGAGGUUACCGAGCUGGUCAUCGGACAACCUUUUGAUUUCCAGAAGAAAGUCGUCGUCGUUGAGGACGGCGUUCUCAAGGUCACACCGGGCCCGAUCUGA